CCUGGCUCCAGCCUCUGCCAUCUCCAUCCCCCUCCACCAGAUGGGCAAAGUGCGGUUCAGGAGGUGAGUGGCUGGCCCAAGUCCCACAGUGUGAGGCGCCCUGUCCUGCUGACAGUGUGGGGGCCACCUUCAGCCUCACACCCCGCCCAGCCAGAGUUAUGCAAACACUUAAUGGGGGUGAGGGGGUUGAGAUUCCCAAAGCUCAACAUCUCAGGAACCCAUUUUCCUAGACAAUUAUUUUGACAGCUCCUUCUAAAACUAGUCAGUGGGAAAGCAGUUAUGUGUGACAGAGACAUGGGCUGUCAUUUGAUACCUAAUUAGAGGAAUAAUCAGAUCUCAUCCUGGAGAGAGGCACAGGGGAUGUUGGCAGCAGCCCCUGGAGCUGGGGAAUGCCCACCGCCAGGGGCUUCCUCUUACGGGGGCCAGGAACACAGCCAGGGGGGCCCACUGGUGCUCUGCAGUCACCCCUCCUCCCCACAUACCUUUGAGUUCACACGUCUUUGCCCAGGCCCUUCUCCAGCCUCCUUGCGGGGCCUUCCCUUCACUGAAGCUCAGUCUGGUGACCUUGGCCUUCUCAGUUCCCCAACCCCACCCAAAGAAUGCCCCUUGUUAGAGAUGGAGGUCCCACGGUGCCCACAGCCCUCCUCUGUGGUGACCCGAGCUGGUCAUGCAGGUCCAGGCCCUCCCUGAGCUCUGCCUUAUGUUCAGGCAGAGCACAGAGAAGCUCACUCCCUGAACCAGCCCUUGUGGGGCUGGUGAUCUACAGAGGAGACAGAGAACAAAGCCAGGUGAUGGGGACAUGGGAGCAGCGGUAGGCAGCCCACCCACUCAGGCACCAUCAGGAAUGCCUUUACAGAGCUGGGGCUGGCUGAGUAGGGUCCUGCAGGACGAGGAGGCAUUCCCCAGACAGCGGGGGCUAAGCAGACCCUCAGCAGAAGGGCAGCAGCAGAAAAGGGGAGGAAUGAGGGGGAGGGGGUCACUGUGGAGGCGGAGGACUGUGGAUUGGCUCUGUUGGGUGGCAGACAUCUUGGGGAGAACGAGGCACGCAAACAGAAGCCAGUGGGGCUAGUGAUGGGACCCUGGGAAUAGUGCCCAGGUGCCUAGGUGCAGGCAUAGGACCAGGUCCAGAUUUGGGGAUCAGGGAGACCCUGAUGCAUCAAGGGCCCAAGAAGAGCUGGGUCUGGGGGUGGGAAAGGGCAGGGCUGGGCUACCACUGCCUAGCCUUGACCUGGGGGGUCCUGCAAGUGGGUCAGACAGGCUGGGCAGAGGAAGUCAGGAGGUGCUAGCCCUGUCCCAGUUAGCUGACCCUGGCCACUGGCACCCAGUCCCUGCCAAUCCUUCUCCCCAUAUUUGUUUUCCUCCUACCCCAUUCCCCACACAACUCUGCUCCCUGCUCUUCCUUCUCAGACCCCCACCCAGGAUCCCAGGAGGGCUGAGAGGGCUCACUCUCCCAGCCUACUGGCAAUUAAGGGGGUAGAUACCAAGCCUACCUGAGGAGAAGGAGGUCCCCUGAGAUCAGCCUCAAACCAGGACCACUCAACCCUGCUCCCCCUAAGAGACCAGAGGUCGACAGGCUGGGGGGAGGGGCGAGGGGAGAGCAGGAACUCAGAGGAAUACCUCUUUCUCUCCUCCCGUGCCAGUCACCAUUCCUGUCUCUUGAGCCUCCUCCAGGUCCCCUCCCAUGCCCGCCUCUGAGUCCCUGAGUAGAAGCCCCAUGUGCCAAUGCCAGAUGGGUGCAGAGGGUGCCCUGAGCAUGUAGCCAGGGAGUCCCCUCACAUCCCUGGCUGCUAAGCUCCACGUGAAGCCACCAGUCUAUCCUGCCCCCUCAGGAAGCAGCAGCAGAACCUGGGCUGAGGGCCCCAGUGGGCCUCUGGGGCCUGCGGCAGCUCACAUUGCAACCUCAUGAAUAACGCAGGGCCUCCCAGCUGCCUGCGUCUCCGAGGAACCCGUGUCCCCUGCACCGACCGCCUCCACUGCUUUAAACUUUCAUAGGCCAAGGCCCAGUGACAGUGGAGCCAGCUCCAGGCGGCCUGGGCCCCAUGUCCUGGGCAGGAGCUCAGGCAAAGCUCUCCUGAGAGGAAGGUAACAGGGGGGACCUGGUGGGCCAGGCCUGGCUCUCCAGGACGUUGACAGUCAAGGCAGGAGGUGAUCAGGCCAGAGUCUCAAGAGUGGCCUCCAGAUUCCGGGGCCUUCACGGUAGGAGGAGUAGGCUGGUGUGACCUGGCAGGGAUCCUAGGUCAAGGCGCCGCUGGGGGCCCCUAGGAGAGUUGUGGGAUAGGGUUACCAGGGCUGAAUCCUCCUGCCCAAUUCCCACUCUGAAGGGGGAGCACCCACAAAGACACAUCCAAGAGGACUGAGACUUCCAGGGCUUUCCUGGGGACAGGCCCCACUGGCUGCAGACAGUAUCUGAGUAGGCCUGCAUGGACAUCCCCAUCAGCAGCAGAGACUUCCGCUGCCUACAGCUGUCCUGCGUGGGCCUCGGCCUGGUGGCCGGCAGCAUCAUCAUCGGCGUGUCUGUGUCCAAAGCUGCAGCUGCCGUGGGUGGCAUCUUUAUUGGCGCCGCCGGUCUGGGGCUUCUCAUCUUGGCCUACCCAUUCCUCAAGGCUCGGUUCAGCCUGGACCACAUCCUGCCUACCAUAGGACCCGUUUCUUCGAACUCCACUCCUAAAUCAGCCCAGAUCGUGUGGGAGACCUCCAGGAAUGUGGCAGACAGAAACAGCAGCAGGGAUGGAAAUGAGACAGCAGGAAGGACUUCCCUUCCCAAAGCAGGACUUGAUCUGACAACGGCUUAGUAACCAGGGUCUUGGGGCACUCUUAUUCCACAGGGAGCCUGAGAAUCCACCCCCACCCAGGGCCAGACCAUGGCGAGGGAAGAUCCAGUGCCAAUGGCAAUAAAGAGGGUAAGUUAAAAAAUUCCAGAGUCCAUCUUCCAUCUCUGCUCUCUGGCUGGGCAGCUCUGUGGAAAAAGCCUUGAGAGACACACAGGAGAGAUGUCCCCAGUUACCGGGAGCCAGCAGAUCAGGCAGUUCUCCCAUGUGUUUGGUCAAAACCCUUUUUGCUCCAAGCUGAGCUGGGCUCCUCUUGUUUGACCUCGGGCCUUCUCAUCAUGCCCAACAUGGACACUGGGAGCCCCUCUAGGUCCCAUGUCCCAGUUCAUGUUUUCACUCUCUUCUCCAAUGAUGGAAUCCAGAGCUGGUACCUGAAAUGGAACAUCUGCCUCCUCUCCCAUCUCCACACACCAGAAAAUUCUAGGGCAGGAGUUUUUCAAAGAUGGCGCCAGCCUACAGCGGCUACCCACCAGUGGUAGGACACCUAAUGCCAGCAUAAGGUCCCCUUCCAGACCCUGCUCCAAAUACUUUACAUCAAAACAACCCUAUGAGGGAGAGACUAUAAUUAGGCCCACUUUAUAUGUGGGCCAACUGAGGCAUAGGGAGAUGAAGUAAGGCAACCAGGAAAUGUUGGGGCCAGACCUGAAACCAGGUACUCGGCCCCAGAGUCGUCUCUCUAACCACCCCCCACCAUGCUGCUGUCCUCUUGAAGGGCCAUUCUGAUCCUCUCUGCCUCUUUAAGUUCAGCUGAAACUGUCCCCUGGGACUCCCCUCUCUCCCUGGUGGUCCCUCUGGGUUGCUCUGCCCCAGAGUUGGUCUACUCAGGCAGCCCUGUCCUGGUCUGUCCCCCAGGAGCCCGCAGCAGCCUGUCCACGGUGAGCAGAACACUGGAAAAGCUGAAGCCAGGGGGGCGGGGGACUGGGGAGGGCUGAGGCAG